AUGCAAGAUCCAUUUCUACAAAAGAAACAAAAUAUACUAAAAGAAAUAUCUCAAAACAGUGAUGACAAUCUAGACGCAUCACCAAAGGGAACAAUAGAUGAACAUUGUAUUCCAAUAAUAAAUUUAAUAAAUACUCAUCCAAAGAUGGUAACUACAUCAUCAUGUUCAGGAAGAGUUUCAGUUUAUUUGGAAGGUGUUCAGAAUAACAAAAUUAUUUCAAAAGGAAACGAAGGGAAAUGGAUCUUUGUCACGCAUGAUACUUCAAACUUGGAUAACUGGUACCAAAACAUUAAUUUCAAAUAUGAUAUAACUAAAUUUCCCACAAGCGAAAAUUUAAGAAGUAUACUAUAUAAGUUUGAAGCAUUGAUCUUGCACGUAAAAUGCAAAGAUAUAAGCACGGCUAACAAGCUAUAUCAAAUAGCAAUGAAUUGUGGAUUUAGAGAAAGUGGAAUUGGUAGUAAUUAUAAUGUUGCGAUUAGAAUAUCGAUAAAAUUAGACAUACCCAUUGGAUUCAUGGAUGAAUCACAAUAUAACGAAGAUGGGGAAGAAUCGUACAAUUGCUUUGUUAGUAAGGAGUAUUUGAAGUACAUCACUAAAGUUUCAUUUGAUAGAUUUAAAGAAAAUUUAAAAAAAUUGAAUCAGCUACACGAAGCUAUCGAUAAAUUUAUAAAGGAAGAUAAUGAUGGUAACGAUGAAUUUAUAGAGAGAAUAGAAAGCGUAAAUAUAAAAGAAGGUUGGGAAAGUAAAGAAGAAAGAAGAGCUAGAAUGAUUAAAGAAGGUUUGGAACGAAAAGAAAAAAUGAGACGAACUAAGUUAGAAGAAGCUAUAAGGAAUGAUGAUGGUAACAUACAAUCAUUAGUGUAA